AAUAUAAGUAUAGAUAUUUGCAGAGUCUAAGUUUUCAUUUUUCAUCAAUAACAACUCUAAAGAACCGAAAAUGGUGUUAAGUGAGACAAGUGCAGAUGCCUCCACCCAAAACUUGUCUUGCACAUUUGCUUCUCGCUAUGUACGCACUGCACUUCCCAGGUUUAAAAUGCCCGAGAAAUCAAUACCAAAGGAUGCUGCUUACCAGAUAAUAAACGAUGAGCUGAUGUUAGAUGGGAAUCCAAGGUUGAAUCUGGCAUCAUUUGUGACUACUUGGAUGGAGCCCGAAUGUGAUCAGCUAAUUAUGGCUUCUAUUAACAAAAAUUAUGUUGACAUGGAUGAGUACCCUGUCACCACUGAACUUCAGAAUCGAUGUGUAAAUAUAAUUGCACACCUGUUUAAUGCUCCUAUUGGCGAAGAAGAAACAGCAGUUGGUGUAGGCACGGUAGGGUCGUCAGAGGCAAUCAUGUUGGCGGGUUUAGCAUUCAAAAGAAAAUGGCAGCAAAAGCGAAGAGCAGAAGGAAAACCGUGUGAUAAGCCUAAUAUAGUCACCGGAGCAAAUGUGCAGGUUUGUUGGGAAAAGUUUGCUCGAUACUUUGAGGUAGAGCUGAAGGAGGUGAAAUUGAAAGAAGGAUAUUAUGUGAUGGAUCCAGAGAAAGCUGUGGAUAUGGUGGAUGAGAAUACCAUCUGUGUGGCAGCUAUUCUAGGUUCAACCUUGACAGGAGAGUUUGAGGACGUAAAGCUCCUUAACGAACUUCUGACCAAAAAGAAUAAGGAGACUGGAUGGGACACACCCAUUCAUGUUGAUGCUGCUAGUGGUGGAUUCAUCGCUCCCUUUAUCUAUCCGGAUAUUGAGUGGGACUUUCGGUUGCCAUUGGUUAAGAGUAUAAAUGUUAGUGGUCACAAAUACGGUCUUGUUUAUGCUGGAAUCGGCUGGGUUGUCUGGAGGAGCAAAGAUGAUUUGCCAGAAGAUCUUAUUUUCCACAUCAAUUACCUUGGAACAGAUCAGCCUACUUUCACACUCAACUUCUCCAAAGGUUCAAGUCAGAUUAUUGCUCAGUACUAUCAGUUGAUACGGCUUGGCUUUGAGGGGUAUAAGAAUGUGAUGGAGAAUUGCAGAGACACGGCCAAGAUGUUGAAAGAAGAGAUAGAAAAGACGGGGAGAUUCAAUAUCGUAUCCAAGGAUGUUGGAGUCCCAGUCGUGGCAUUUUCACUAAAAGAUAGCAGCAGCAACUACACUGUUUUUGACAUAGCAGAGAAUUUAAGGCGUUUUGGGUGGAUUGUCCCAGCUUACACAAUGCCGGCGGAUGCUGAGCACGUCGCAGUGUUGCGCGUGGUGGUAAGGGAGGAUUUUAGCAGGAGUCUUGCUGAUAGACUUGUUUCCAACAUCCAGAAAGUCUUAGAUGAGAUGCAUGCUGACCCAGUCCCAGUUUCUAGCAAGUCUGCUCAUGUCACCCUUGACAAGGAUGAAACACAAGGGAAUAAGGCUGUUAUCAAAAAAGAUGUGGUAGAGAUUCAGAAGGACAUAACCAAGUACUGGAAAAAGCUUGUUGAUCGUAGUAAAGCGAGAGUGGUUUGCUAGUUAAAGUUGUGUCAUGUUUUAAGUAAUUCAUCAGAUUCAUGCUAUAUCAUUUGUAGACCGUUUAUCCAACAAAAUCGCCCAGAUUCCUGAGUGGUUAUUCUAUAGUGUCAUAUUCCUGAGUACUGUGUAAGUUUAACUUGUAGACUGUUUAUCUGGUGAUCAAGGGUGUAUAAAUAUCCCCGAUAAUAAUUAAUUAAUAUAUAUCGUAAUUAUAAAAUAA